AUUAGCUUAUGCCUUAUUAUGCCAUAUGGUAUUUGUGUGUGUGUGUGUGUUUGUCUAUACAUAUUUAUUACUGUACUGAAAAUCUGAAAUUGCUGAUACCCAUUUUCCAUUUUCCCUUUUCCCUUUUCUCUGCAUUCUCAUCUCUUAGAUAAGGAUGGCUCUUUCUGGAGCUAAAGAGAAUGGAAAAGAGGUGAGGAUUUAUGAGUAUUUAGAUGAACUAAGCGCUGAUCUGGCAGACUAUAUUUCAGAACUAUCAGAAGCUUCUGUGAAAGAGAGGGGAGUAUUUGCCAUUGCGUUAUCCGGUGGAUCUCUCAUCAGCUUAAUGAGAAAAUUAUGUGAAGCCCCUUAUAGCAAAACUGUUGAUUGGGCCAAGUGGUAUAUAUUUUGGGUGGAUGAACGUGUGGUGGCAAAGAAUCAUGUUGAUAGUAACUACAAGCUAGCCAAGGAUGGAUUUUUAUCCAAGGUCCCUAUUGUUCCAAGCCAUGUACAUUCUAUUAACGACACGGUGUCAGCUGAGAAAGCUGCUGAAGACUAUGAGUUUGUCAUUAGACAGCUUGUGAGGACUCGUGUAAUCAGCGUUUCUGACAUUAGCGACUGCCCCAAGUUUGACCUCAUCCUUCUUGGGAUGGGCCCUGACGGCCACAUUGCAUCUCUAUUCCCUGAUCACUCUAUACUUGACGAGAAAGCAGAAUGGGUGACCUUUUUAACCGACUCGCCCAAGCCCCCUCCGGAGAGGAUUACUUUCACUUUGCCAGUGAUUAACUCUGCCUCCAAUGUGGCUGUGGUUGUUACUGGAAGCAGCAAAGCAGAGGCUGCACAUUUGGCAAUUGAUGAUGUCGGGCCUGACUGUCCGUUGUCAUCGCCUGCAAAGAUGGUCCAGCCAACUAAAGGGAAAUUAGUGUGGUAUCUGGAUAAGGCAGCUGCCUCAAAACUAGAUGGCACAAAAUUUUCAGAGUAGGACCAGGUUUUCCAUGCCAGAAACGCAUCGCUGUAUGUUGCAGAAGGCAUGUGGAACUUAGUACAUUCUAAUCUUUUGUCAGGUUUCCUCAAUUCAUCUUUCCUUACUGCCAAUUUUUUAUGCCUUUCCUCGUUACAAAGGUUAUUAAUUUUGUGUGAUGUAUCAAGUAUCUCCCACCUACAGUCUCCUCUUCUGAUGUGGGGUUUCGGAAAUGUGGUUGUCUUUUUAUUGGGGAAAACAUCAGCAAUUUUGGUGCCAACACAGAUGACUACAAUGUACCUCAUCAAAGUAAAUGCAUACCUUUAGUGCUGAAAGCUAAUAAAAAUAUUUCAAACGAA